CUUGAAGAAGGCCGCUAGCGAGCAGGAUUGGAGUCUCCCUCAGCACUUGGACGUCGAUAAUGCUUGGAGCCUUGUUUACUCGAAAAUGUUGUCCCUUAUUGAUGAUGUUGUCCCCAUAUCCAAACGAAAACCAUUUACUAGAGGUCCCCCUGGAUUGACCGAGAGCUACGAUCGCUCAUGAACCAAAGACACAAACUUUGGAAUCGCUAUAGGCUUUCGAGAUUGGAAACCGAUUAUAGCAAUUAUAAAUUGGUCCGGAACGUAUGUACCUCGAAAAAACGUACGAAACGGCAGCAAUACGAAGGUCAUCUGGCUGAACAUUCCAAGUCUAUACCGAAGCUGCUUUUCUCCUACUUGAAAAGGAGCACCAGAGCCGGAAGUGGAAUACCGUCUUUGCAUUCCCACGAUCUUAAUACCGUGCUCCACGACGAUGCUGAUAAAGCUAAUCUUUUAGCUCGCCAUUAUUCAUCGGUCUAUACAACGGGGGUGCCGUCAGUUGAUUGUUAUUCAUCCUUGCUCUCCGCUCUCAGCGAUAUGGACAUAAAUGUUACUGUGGUAUACAAACUUUUGUGCGAGUUGGAUCCCAACUCUUCCCCGGGACCUGAUGGACUGCAUCCUCUUUUCCUCAAGAUUGUGGCCGAAUAUAUCGCUGUUCCUAUCUGCCACGUAUUUCGGUGCUCACUUGAGGCCGGGCGUCUUCCGCUUGCCUGGAAAGCGGGCAUAGUCAAGCCCAUAUACAAAGGAGGUAAUCGGCAAGAUCCUACGAAUUAUCGGCCCAUUUGUCUAACAUCUGUCGUCUGUAAGGUUAUGGAGAGGAUUCUUAAGCGAGCUCUCAACCUGCACUUCCAGAACCUCAAGAUCAUUUCAGCUGCGCAGCAUGGGUUUUGUCCUUCGCGUUCAUGUGUCACCAAUCUUCUGGUAGCUCGAGAAAAGUGGGCUAAAUCCAUGGAUGCUGGUAAGCGGCUAGAUGUCGUAUUUGUGGAUUUUAGUAAAGCUUUUGACAAGGUUCCACACGAAAUUUUGCUUAGCAAACUUCGCAGUAUUGGUGUUUCAGGAAAAAUCCUCUCUUGGCUCACUGAUUUCCUGCAUGACCGCGCUUUCCGUGUGCAACGGUGUUCCGCAAGGCUCUGUUCUUGGCCCUGAACUUUUUAAAGUCUUUAUUAAUGAUCUGGCAUCUGUACUA